UAACGGCUGAUCAAGCCGAAAUUAACUUAAUCGGAGCGUGCAACGCAACAGGAGUUUCCCAGAAAGUGUUGUUGAGUUGUUUACUUCAUUCAGCAGCAGUGAGGGAGUGAUUGAUACGCAGUGACAGCUCGAUAGUGGUAUCGUAAGUUUGCUCAAAGUAACAUCACUCUAGCUUGAGUGCCUUUCAUUAAAAGAUCGAGUUUAAUAGUUUCAAGGCAUAAAUGACUCAAUCCGUAGUUGUCAUGUUAUGUGUUCAGACACCCACAUUCGCUUGUCGCAGUAUACUAGCUGGCACGAUUGUUCACUAGAGUCGCUAGCUUGACUUUUCGAAGAUUCAAAGAUGUUAAAUGUUGUCGACAGGAACCAAGGAUAGUAAAUGUGGGUUUUCACAUGGAGAUAUAAAUGCAGAGUGAUAGUAGAUAUAAAUCUGUUUUGAACUCAGUGCUGCGGGGUCAGUGCUACCUCUGUUCGCUCUUUAAAGCAAUUUGAAAUUAAUAACGAAGGUCUGCAGACAUUCGUGCAAUGCUGGUAUUCCACUCUUUUCCUUAGCAAUAAACCGAGUUCCGGCAAACUACAAGAUGCCUUUAGACACAGUUUUGUGCCUCGAUACCUCGGCUUCCAUGGGCUUUAAUCACAAUGAGGGCAUCAACCAGCUUAAAGCUGCGGCCCGCAAAUUCUUGGAAGGAGUGGAGGAGACUGCACGACAGGCCAACUUAAAGGAAAACGUUGCAAUCGUUGAGUUUGGAGCCAAAACACAGAUUUUGCACAACUUGUCAACGAACUACUUUAGCCUUAAAAUGAAAAUAGCUGGACUAAAGGCCAAUGGAACCACCCCAAUGAAAGAUGGCUUGUUGAUGGCGCUGCAGGAGAUUGCUAAAAAUGGAGGAGUGGUAAAUGUGAAUGGUAGAAAACUUUGUCCACGUAUCAUUCUCAUGACCGACGGAAAGCCUACAGAUGAAAACGGUCGUGAAACACCUCAAGCUUUGACUGAAGUUCUGGUCACUGCAGUGCUGUUCGGGCCUCGCUAUCAGGAAGUGGGCCUUCCAUACAAAAUCCCCAUAGCUUGUGUUGGGUGUGGGAAUGCAGAUAAGAGGCUUCUAGAGAGUAUUGCACAAACAACUGGAGGGAUGUACGCGAUGGUUCAUAACAUGGAUGGACUUAGCACAUUCUUCAAGAGACAGGUGUUGCUGUCACGGUUCAUUGCUCAGUUUGCGCAUGACAUGGCUAAGCUUCAUUCAUUGCUUGUAUUACAGCAGUUUAUGCGAAGCCUCGGCGAAGACAUGGAAGAAGCUGAGCUGCGUCCUCUCAUGGCGCUGCUCUUGGCGAUGUUAGUUGCGGAGGAUGACAAAGAUGAAGAUCAACAUGGAAACUACCCCAAACCUCCUCCGGUGGGGUCACGUGUUCGGAGGGGAGAUGACUGGAAAUAUGGAAACCAAGAUGGAGGAACCGCUGGCACCAUCACAAAAACAGAUGGUACACCAGGUUGGGUGGAUGUUCAGUGGGAUAACGGAGCUAAAAACUCCUACCGCUAUGGAAAAGAUUCUGCUCUUGAUGUUAAGGUUGUUGAUGAAAACAGACUCGUGUUUCGUCGAGAAGGAGUUCAAGUGGGAUGUCGUGUUAUCAGAGGACCGGACUGGAAAUGGGGAAAUCAGGACGGUGGAGCGGGUAAGAUUGGCCGCGUAUUCAUGGCUGAGAGUGGACUUGUUAAGGUUCGCUGGCCUAAUGGCGACACAAAUACCUACCGCAACGGUAUACAAGGAGCAAAUGAUGUGGUCGUUUAUUCUGAGGACAUACGAUGGUCCUGCCACGUGAUGUGAGGCCAAACAGAAACGUCAAAUGAUACUGAGCCUGCGACACAAUCAUGGUGUUACUUAAGUCAUUCAUUUAACAUUUCGUAUAUCUUAUGACCCGUUGUUACUUCAAGGUAGCAUUUAGCAGUUAGGAAUUUUUAAUAGAUUUGUUUCAACUGAAGUUGCAAGCUGAAGUUGGAGGCUGAUAAAAUUACUUUUGCUUGGAUGCAAAAAAUGCAAGAAGGGGGUAGGCCCUUAUUGAUCGGCACGAUCCUUAAACUGUAUUAUAUUCAGGAGCCAUAAUCGGGGACGGAGACCGUAAGCGCGCAUUAUUUCUAGUAUUGGGGUUGUCCCCAUGAU